GUUUUUUUCUACUCUAGAUGCAUUCAUUGUUGACCACUCAAAGCCAGAAUUCCUACAGAGAACAGAUCCACAAAGAAAUGAUGAUGCGACUGACCUGGAAACAGCGCUACAGCAGAUUCUAUCCCACCAACCAGACCAAAACCAGUUCUGGGUCUGAACCAGGUCUAAACAAGGACUCCAUAGAGACCGGCCCAGGACCACUGCAGGGAGGGGCCAGGUGGGACAAAACCAGUCCUGUGCUUCCUCCCAUCACCAUGACGACCAUGAAGCGGAGUAACACAUCCCUCUCCUCGGUAUCACUUCCUGUGACAUCACUUCCUGUUCCUGCAGAGAGGGCGCGUCCCUUCACAGUUCCUCCAGUGAUGAGACCCGCCUCCCCUCAGACCAGACAGUCACUCUACCAAGGCUCCUCCCACCAGGGCAGGGGGCGGAGCCAGUACCUGAGGAGCCGUGGCCUGAUGCUACCUGAGCAGAAGUUUGAUUUCCCACUGGUGUCAUCCUGGGAGUACGGCUGGAGACUGGGCGACUUCACUCUGGAUUACAAAACUCCAACUCGAGCUCGAUCGUCAGUCGUCAAAAGCACAUUUUAUGCCCGGAAUGGAGUUUUCAACAGCCCCUCUCCCACAGAUGCACUGGGAUGA